GCUUUUUCUGUGGUUUCAAAGCUGCUAUCUCAGCGGAAACUUGACCUGCUGGAUGAACUUGUAUCAGCAGAGGUACUUCAGGUGCUGAAGGAAAAGAUUUCUUUGCUCCCUGACAACCACAGGGAUGCUUUAGCAGCUGACAUUGAUGCAAUCAUGUACACAACAGAAGGAGAUGUUCGCAUUUACUAUGAUGAUGACGGAAGAAAGUUUGUUAGUAUCCUGAUGCGCUUCUGGUAUCUGAAUGGUGCCAACCUACCUGAUGAAGUACCGGGUGAAACCAAAGUUUUCCAGAUUGUGUUUGGAGAUGAAAGCACAAAAGAAAAAAGACAUCUUUUAACAGCAAACUAUGAAUUCCAAAGGGAAUUUACAGAAGGAGCAAAACCAGACUGGACAAUUACACGGAUUGAACAUCCAAGGCUAUUAGAAUAAAUGCCUCCUGGAGUCUUUUUGUGUACCACUGUAAAGGUUCUGAUGUAACAAAUAUCAGACUUUUUUUGGUCUCUUUUUUCCCUUCCUGCAUCUCCUCCAAAAGAGGGAUGAAUUUUGUAUGUUUGAUUUCCCAGAAUUGUUUCCAAAACUUACACUAUGCUGCAGCAUUACAAUAAAGCCUUUUCCCUGGAACAGGCUACUACAAGUUAAUUGGUACUAAUGCUCAUCCAAGGCAUUUGCACAGUGCAGUUUCAUGCAGGCCGGUAUUACGGGUAUGUUGACUUAUUACAUUCUGAGAAGAAAUUUUACUACUUGAAGAUAAACAACACUUGCAUGGCUGGUGGCCCUUCU